UCAGACAGCGUUGUGCGCUGGUGUGUUGUUGUGCAAAAAUGGAAAGGAAGAUGGAGGAGAACAUGAGAGACGUCGACGCUGGCAGUGAAGCUGGAGGAGAGGAUGCCUUAGUGGGCAAUGUGAACAAGCUGAUGGUGACUCCACCAGGAUACACAGGAGUUCCACGGAAAGGCCACCUUGUCUUUGAUGCUUGCUUCGAGAGUGGUAACCUUGGACGUGUUGAUUACAUCAGUGAAUUUGAGUUUGAUCUGUUCAUCAGACCUGACACCUGUAACCCUCGCUUCAGAGUUUGGUUCAACUUCACAGUGGAAAACGUGCGGGAGACACAGAGGGUGAUUUUCAACAUUGUCAACUUUAGCAAGACCAAGAGCCUGUAUAGAGAUGGCAUGUCUCCAGUGGUGAAGUCCACCAGCCGGCCUAAAUGGCAAAGACUCCCGACUAAGAAUGUGUACUACUACCGCUGCCCUGACCAUCGGAGAAACUACGUGAUGUCUUUUGCCUUCUGCUUUGACCGAGAGGAUGAUGUGUACCAGUUUGCCUACUGCUACCCCUACACCUACACCAGACUGCAGCACUACCUGGACAGCUUGGAGCGCAGGAACCUGGACUACCUGCAGAGAGAGCAGCUGGGGCUCAGUGUGCAACAGCGACGUCUUGACCUCCUAACCAUCACCAGCCCUGAUAACAUUGAUGAGUUUGAACACAAUAUAAUGCAAAAGAAGAUGAAAAUUCCUAAGAUGUCGACAAGGAAUAUGGGAAAUUCAGUUGAGAACAACUUUGGGGAGGAACGACUGCCAUUGAGACAUAAAAAGGCCCAGACACAGUACCAUGGGCGUCCCACAGCCAACUCCUCGAAGAGCCUGGCAGCGGUGGUGGCCCGCCUGGAGAGGAACGCUGUGAGUUCCUGCAUAGAGGGAGAGGAUGACCUGGAGGAGGACAGGCUGGCUGAGUUGGAGGAGGAGGGGGACUCUGGGCCUGAGAAGGCGGUGGUACCGCAGGUUCUGUAUGAGGAGCUGGUCCACAGCUACAGGCAGCAGGAGGAGGAGGUGAGGAGGCUACAGCAGGAGCUGGAGAGAACCCGCAGGCAGCUGGUCCAGCAGGCCAAGAAGCUGAAGGAGUAUGGCAGCCUGCUGACAGAGGUGAAGGAGCUGCGUGACUUCAACAGGAGGCUGCAGGACGUACUCCUCAUGAGGCUCGGCAGCGGUGAGAGACACACACUCUCCAGUCACCUCUCACUGCAGCCUGCCUUGCACAUCUGUUCAGAGCCUAUGCAUGACAAUGGCACUCAGACAAUCAAAGCGGAGGUGGUGGAGCCCAUCAUUGAGCCACAGGAAGUGUGCAGAGAAGAGGCCAAUACCAGCUCCAGCCACUCCCCCUCCCCAAGAACAGUCUACACUUGUAAUGAUGGUAAGGUGCACCUGGGUGGGGGCAUCUGGGUGCAGGAAGAGAAGUGGCACCAGCUACAGCGGACACAGGGAGACUCCAAGUUCACCAAGAACCUGGCCGUCAUGAUCUGGGGCACUGAGACCCUCAAGAACAGGAGUGUCACUGGCGUGGCCACCAAAAAGAAGAAAGAUGCCCUUCCCAAGCCCCCGCUCUCCCCAAGCAAGCUGAAAAUAGUCAGAGAGUGUCUGUAUGACAGAGUGUCUCAGGAAACAGCAGACGGUGCAGAGAUCACACAAAGAUUGGCCAAAGUGAACAAAUACAUUUGUGAAAAAAUUAUGGAUAUCAACAAAUCCAUCAAGAACGAGGAGAGACGGGAAUCGAAGCUGCUCAUUAGACAAACUGUCAAGAAGGAGAAUUUUACCUAUGAUGGCAUGUAGUGUCGUAAAGUUGUCGCCAUACUGUACCUCUCAUUUUCUGGUGGGUAGGAUCAUGUGUGCCAGCACUAAAGGUUUUCAGUGAGGGCCCAAGGCCCUAAACAAUCCAUCAGCUGUAAGACAGCUUUACCUGCCAGUCAAUGCCACGAGUGGUUGAGCACUUUGGUAUGAGUCAUAUGAACUGGUGUGAGUAUUUUUUACAAGCUUUAAGUAGGACUUUCUUGAACUGCACUGUUGGUUAAGGGCUUGUAAGUAGGCAUUUCACGGUAAGGUCUACAUGUUCUAUUCGGCGCAUGUGACAAAGUUUGAUUUGGCUGGGUGGACCUGGGUUUUAGAGAUGUUUUUGUGUGGAGAGAUUCUUAAAGCAAUCUGGUUGUUAGAGAAUGCAGUCGCGCUCAAACCAAAUGUUCUGUGUCAGAACAUGACAUUGAGUCCUAAUAUUCUCAGUGAUUUCCCUUGAAAAAUAAGUAUUCUGUUUGUAAGAAGAUAUUUUGGAAUAAUCAUGUUCGUGUGUUUGGUGGAAAGGUUAGCCAUGAUGAAGGCCUUAGUGUUGAGGUCUCUGUGUGUGCUAUUGGUACUUAAUGUGUUGUGGGGAGGAUGUAAAGAUGCACUUUUACAACAAGGUCUUAAUUGAUCGAGGCCACAUUGCACAGAUAUUCUGUUGCCCUAGAGAUUAUUGCUGUGUAUUUUCCAUGGAAAUAUGGAUUUCCAUAGUAUAGAGCACCAAUGAACAUUAAGAGUUUGGUUCAGAGGUUUAUCAUUGUUUCAGUGCGGUGCUUGUCCACAUCAGACUGGCAACGGUCUUGAGAAGAUACAGUAUGUUAUUUUCUAGAUACUUGGUUUACAGUAUUUAUCUAUCCUACUUGAGCGAUCCAAUUUAAGAUUUGAUUUUACAUACAGUUGAAGUCGGACGUUUACAUACACCUUAGCCAAAUACAUUUAAACUCAGAUUAUCACAA